AUUUAAAACCUUGUAGAUGGCGGUAGUGAGAAAGAAGCUUCGGUUAAGUUUGUUGGCUCUGUUGGUUUUAUCGGUAUUGAAUUGCUUGGAAGCUGUGUCAGAAAAAUGAAAACAUACAGUCGCAAGAAACAGCCACCAACAUAUGAUUUUCACGACGCGCAUAUGGAUUUCAAUGAAAUAUGUAGGCUUUGCUUAUCAGAAGAAGGAGAAAAGUUUCAAAUUUUUGAAGAUCUUGAGUUGGUUCCUCUCCCCUUGAGAAUAAUGGCUUGUGUUUCAAUAGAGGUUUUUCAAGGGGAUGGCUUGCCGUCCCAGAUAUGUCAACAGUGUAUUGAAGAAUUGGACAGCUAUUACAGAUUCAAGCAGAAAUGUGAAAACUCGGAUGCCAGGCUCAGACAGCAUCUGAAAAAUAUGAAGACAAUACAGUUACAAGCUAAGACACCUCAGACAUCAGACAUGGUUAAAGGAAAUGGAGAUUCAGAUUGCAGUGACACAGAUGAUUCGUUUACACAGGAGGACCAGGAUGAACAAGAAAUCAUAAAAAACAUCAGAGAAGAUAUUGAAAAUCAUAAGAGAAAUAGCGUAAACAGUGGUUCAGUUGAUGAAAGUAUAAACUAUAAAGAAAAAACAGUUGCAUGUGAGAAAAGUAAUGAAAGGCAGGAUGCUCUGCAAAUUGCAGGAUCUUCUGAAAGUUAUAUGCAAUCCAGUUUCAAGCAGCCUACAAAUAUAACAACGUUAGCAGUGAAACAGGAACGAGCAGAAGCUGAACAUUCCAGUGCAGCUAUGGAAUGGAGCCAGAAUGUUCAGAGUGCCACUCAGAACCAAGGACAGCAACCGAAUAACGCAUCUGCUGCACAAGGUGUGGAUACACUCCCUUCUAUUAGCCAUCUGCAGCAUUUUACUGAACAAGGUUUGCCAUUCAUGUGCACUAAAUGUCCAAAGAAAUUUGCAAAAAGAAUUGAUUUGCGUCGUCAUGAAUCAGUUCACAAUCAACAACGAGGUUUUGAGUGUCCUGUAUGUGAAAAAUGGUUCCCUAAUAAGACAAGUUUUGGGCGCCAUGAGCGCACCCACACAGGUGAACGCCCAUACUCUUGCAGUCUGUGCGAGAAGAGCUUCUCACAAGGAGCUAUCCUUGCUCGCCAUAUUAUGACCCACACAGGAGUCAAACCAUUUAAAUGUGAAGUCUGCAGCAAGGGGUUUACACAACGAGAGGGUCUUCGUGUCCAUAUGCGGCAGCACACUAAGGAGCAACCAGAAAUACAGCUUCAUGAAUGCCCUCUCUGUGAAAAGUCCUUCUGCCACCCAUCUGGUCUCUCCAGACAUCUAAUCAUACAUACUGGGAAAACGUUUGAUUGUACUAUAUGCCCUAAAGUUUUCACAGAUUCUUCAUCACUGAGGAGACACAUGAAACGUCAUGAGGAUAACUCAGAACCCCCAUUAAAUCAACCACCACAAGAACAUGAUUCGACAUAAGUCAUGGCAUCAGUACAGUUCACUAUAAGUAAUGACUUUUGAAGCACUUCCUGGAGUAUAUUGCUAUGUUUAUCCAUAUCUUUUCACAGCUUUGCCAUUACACUGAAGUCUUUGGAAGAUACAAGAUAUAAAGUUUUCCAUUUUUAUCAGUCAGUGUAGUUAUUGUAUGAUAAAUGUAUGUUGUACAUGGCAGUUCUCAUGUCCUAGAACAUAAGUAGCUUUAUUUUUUGUUGUUAUUGUUAUAAACUUAACUGACAUUUUCCUGAUAUAUGUAUAGGUAUAUAUUUGUAGAUUUUUUAGUUUUGAAAUUCUUCUCAGUAUUGGAAUGGUAUUUUACUUGUAUCAUGUAUACCGUCUAUUGGGAAAUACCAAAUCAAAAAGCUGUUGCAAUAAACCUCUUCUCUUUAAUGAAAA